GACAAUUUUAUCUUUUAUUGUUAUUAUUAUUUUUUUUUUUUUAUUGUUUGGAUAUGUGGUAUAUAUAUUAACAUACCUAUAACCUAUAUGAUUGUAGAAGCGAAUCCGAGCAAUGCCAAAAUGUGUAAGUAAAAAUGUAGGUUAAAUAGUUACAUUAAAAUUACAAAAAAAAACGUGUAUUUCUUUUAUUCAUCGAUGCAAAUCAAUUAAUUAUAUAUUUAUGAACUUCUAUACAAAUUUGUAAAAGAAAUAAUUAUUUGUAGGUAACAUAUGAAGUGUAGAUUCUAAGGGGACGUGCUCCACUAAACGCCGCAUCUAAAGUAUGAAAUGGUUUUGAUAUCUAUUAAUAUAUAAGGAAUAACAUGUUUUUUAAAUAAUUUAUGUUACUUAAAUUUAGUUAGUUUAAUUAAAUAACCCACAUAAAAGUGCUCUAACACAUACAAUUGAAUGUUUAGGGAGACAAGUAAAGUAAAAUAAAGUAUACAUACAAUCACUUGAAGAAACAAACCUACUCCAAAGGAAAUUAGGGGAAGCAUUAAAACGUUCAUUUCAUCCGACUGAUGUGUUAAGAAAUUUUUUCGGAGACGUAAGAGAUACAUUUGUAAUUUAAGAUUAUAAUUUCUAUUACAAUUGUAAAACUAAAAGCUCCAAUAAAAUAUUUAGGUAACUUUAGGAUACAUUUUCUUUUUUGUAUAGAUAGCAUACGAAUAUAUUACACGUGUACCGAAAUUUAUCACAUUUGGUUUAUUUCAAUUUCAAAUACGUUUCUCUAAUAUCUUUUCUUUCCUAUAAUAGACUUGAUGAAUUACAUAAAUUUUUUUCAUCAUAAUAUAAAAUAAAAUUGUAAAAUUUGGACGUUUAGUCCGUGUCCCAUGAUAACCGGUAAAACCUAAUGAUUACUGAGAAUUUUCAAAGAUACUAAUCUAAAUCUAUAGUUAGUGUAAUAAAUUUUUCCAUUUCCAACGGUUAGUAUUGUUGAGACGGUGAGUUGUUGGUAUUUAGUGUUUACUGAUUCUGCUAUUUUAAGGUGAAAUUGAUAACAACUUAUGCCGUAAGCUGUUGCUUAUUUUAAUUUUCAGACAAGUUAUACAUUACUUGGUACAAAUUGUACAAUCGUCAAUCACCAAUAUCAGAUUCAGUAAUAUCUAAAUAAUUAUUAUUUUCUACGAUACUAUUUAUUAUUUAAUAGUACCCUGUAAAGUCAAUUGUGUACCUAUUAAACCUAUUAAUUGUCUAAAACAUUUUCGUUUCUAUUUAUUAUCAAUCUACUUAUACUGUUAGUCCGUGAAACAAUUGUUUUCAUCGUCAUCAUUUUCAAUCUCCAAGUUAAAUAAGAAGAAAAACUAAAAAAAAAAAAUAUUUGAAAUUCAUAUCCAUGGAACUCAAAUCAGAAAUUGUCAGAAAAAAAAUUAUUGAAGAAGUUGAUAUAUUUUUAUUUGAUAUGCCUGAAGAUUAUUCUUUAGGACAUUGUGUGGCCAAAGAUAUGCGUAUGAGUGCUGGUAUCGCCAUACAUUUCAAGAAGAUUUUUGGAAGAGUUGGUGAACUGAUGGAUCAAAGACCUGAUGUUGGUUCAGUAGCAUAUUUACAACAAAAUGAUCGAUUUAUUUACUAUUUAAUUACAAAGGAAUAUAGCUAUAAUAAACCAACAUAUAGAAGUAUAACUGCAGCCAUUACAAAAUUACGUGACUUUAUUGUAAAACAUGGUAUCAAAAAAUUAGCCAUACCACGUAUUGGUUGUGGUUUAGACAAAUUAGACUGGUCAAUAGUAAGAGGCAUUAUUGAAAAUGUAUUUCAAAACGCAGGGUGUGCUAUCAAAGUUUGUCAUUUUACACGUAACAUGUCAAAAGAAUCAGAAUCACUCCGGAUUGAACAUCCAAGUACUAUAAAAGUUCAUCAAAAUAUCAAAGAUAUAGAAAAACGUGAAUUUGAAAAACUGAAUAUUAUUUUAUAUUCUCGGACAACUACUUUACCAGUAUAUUGGGAUCAACAUUUUCAAUCUGUCAAUGAAAAAUACUGCUUUAAGUCACAAUACUAUAAAGACUAUCAGGUGGAUCUUGAAGUUGGCCAGUGCUUACAUUACAACACAAUAGAAGCUUAUAUAUUUGUUAUAAUCACAAACAAUAAUAUAAAAGACCAUUUUUCAUAUCAAAAUUUGGAAAAAGGACUUACAAAAAUAAAAAUGUUGAUCAAGAAGGAUCAGUGGCACCCAACAUUUGUAAUACAUAAACUAAAUAAUCAUAUAUUUGAAAAUCUCAUUAAUCAAAAAAUUUUAUCUCUAAUUUGUUCAUCAUUUUUAGAAUUGACUCCAUGUGUCAUUCUUGAAAUAAAAGAUAGUAAUUCUUAAACAUUUAAAAUAACAAAAUAAACUUUUGUUAAAUUUGAAACUGAUGAGUCGUACUAAGUAGUAAUGAUUAAUGUAUGAUGAUUGUAUUAAUUAUUAC